AUGGCUGCACGCUUUCGUGGUCGCUGUCAUGUGUUUCUGUUCCCACUCACAGCCCUUGCAUGCCUGUCAUCCUUGUCGCACAUAUUGUUCGAUUUCACUCCACCAGUGAGUGGCAGAAUGGAACGAGUGGAACGUGGAUCCCGGAAAGCGCAUUCCGGGAAUGCGGAGACACCAGCAUCGUCUUCCAGCAAGAGCUUGCCGGCUUCACGUGCAGUUGCCUCCGAUCAAACAAGCACGCAGUUUGCGUCUAGAGAGGAUAAUAACCUGACCAGCGGUUGUGACGACGUGGCAAGGUUGCCAAACACAUCGCUUCUAAGCACCUUGGAAGAGGCGCCAUUGUACUCAGCAGCCCGCUCAGAGGCAGCUGCCCUUUUCUCGGAGCUGAGCAGAAACAACGAAACCGUGAGCUACAGAAUUAUUCUCAGUUUUAUGCAGACUCUCUGGGAAGGUCCACUGAAGCUUCCGUCGCAUUUGCAGAUGGAGUUGCGGAACGACCUGGCAGCUUUCCUGAUCUGGUCAGAUCGCGACAGGGAUGGAAUGGUCUCAGCGGAUGAAUUCAUCGAGUAUGUUGCAACAGCAAUCAAAGUGUCCAAGCAGGAUCUGCGUGUGUUGCGACUGGAGGUGGCCAUUCGUCGAGCCUAUGCCUUCGCAGAGAGCUUUUUCCAAAACCUGACGAAGCAUUCUUUCGAUCCGGUUGGUAAAGCCGGUGGUGCAGUGAACCGCUGGGUGCAAAGGCCAACAUGGCAGCUGACACUACCGCUGCUCCUCAACACGCUUAGCUUGAUUGGCCGGCAAAUGCUUGAGCUGUCUGACAGCAUGGACAUCUUGAGCCGAGAUAUCAGGUUCAAUGGUGGUCUCCUGGCCAAAGUCUGCCAGGGCCGAGAUUUGGAUGAUUGGGAGGAUUGCCUUCUUCGGCGCUUCUUUAGUGAUGUCAUUGCGCUGGUCCCUGCCACAGCGAUCUGCGCCUUACCUUUGCCACUGCCUGUGCAUGUUUGCCUUUUCCUCGUAAUCAAAUCUUCAGCUCCAGCGCUGCUACCAUCUCCGUUCUCCCCAUCCCGCCUGCAGCUGCUGCUUGCACGGCGUGAUCUUCGACGACAUCCUGACUUCAAGGACCGGACCUUAUACGGAGACGAGCCGUCGGAGGAGCUCGACGCUGCCGUCCUUGAGGUUUUCGAGGCCACUCCAGAUUCUGCAACGGCGCAGUUGGGAAUUCGAAAGCUGUUCGAGGAUUUAGAUACAUCUGCAAGCGGCAACGUCUCACAUAGUGGUGUGCUGAGCAUCGUGCAAGCCAUUUGGAGUGGGAGGCUGAACCUUGCAAAGAAGAAUAUGGAGGAUUUCCGAAUGGAUGCGUCCACACUGAUGGUUGCCGUAGAUCGCCGCCGGGAAGGUUGCCUGACUUUGGGUGAAUUCACUGAGUACAUCGAGACUUUGGUUGAAGUUGCCAACAACUACAAAUUUCAAGGUGCUCAGAGCGAUGGCAAGGUAUCAAGAUUUGCGCGCGAUGUUUCCGACGGAACCUCUACAUUGCUGCGCGACGUGCGGUAUGGCCUCCAUCUACUCAAGAAGCUUGUGUUCAGACACAAGCUGUCGAACAUGGAGCGAGCGAUACUGAGACGCACUUUCAAAGACUUGUCUGCAUGCUUGCCAUACUUGGCCAUCGCGUUGACCAAGUGCACAAAUGGGCAGAAGAUUCUGAUUUGCAUGUUGCUCUACUCGAAUGCGCCGUCACUCUCCCCAACGGCUUUCAGGAAGCCAAGGCGGAAAUUUGCGCGCGCAUGGGCGGCAAUUGCAAUGAAACAGCGGAGACGGGCUUACAAUGGCUGGCAGAAGCUAGAAGAGCGAGAGCAGCGAGAGCAGCGAGAGUCCGAAGGCAAGGCCUCCACUGCCUCCACCUUGCAGGACAUUCUUUCUCAGCCUUCUCAGCUUUCAGAGGCUCGGAGCUCUCUGAAACUUGAGAGGCUCUUCGAAGAAUUUGACAAUGGGAGUGGUACACUGACAUAUGGAGAAGUGUUUUCCAUCUUGUGGCCACUUUGGGAGCGAGUCCGUCACAGGAGCAGCGAACCUUUCUUGGACGCCUUGGGGCUGGUUCUUCAAAUAGCCUCGGACAGAGAUGGUGCAGUCACCAAGCCGGAGUUUGUGGAAUUCCUGCAAGCUUUGAUCGUCUUUGCCGGGCGUGAAGCGCUCUGGGAGGAGGACCUGGAGAAACCUCCUUUCGAAGUAGGGCCGAUGUGCCGCUAUGCCGCAGACAUCGCACGAAGGGAAGUGCGAGAAGUAAUGGACAGCGUCUCCAUGAUAAGCCAGGAUGUGGCAUAUUCGGGAGCUCUGCUUCAAAGCCUCCAAGACAAGGAAGGGCGCGGCAGGCGCGGCAAAUUUCUCGGCUUCUCCAGGAUUGAGUUUGACGUGCUGCAGCGCACGGCAAAGGACAUCCUGUUGUUCGUUCCGAUUGGCAUCAUCAUUGUAGCACCAUUAACCCCUGUUGGCACGGCCAUUGUCAUCGCCAUAUUCAAGCGAUUGGCUCCCACAUUGGACGCCUAUGGCAAGAUGGACCCAUUCACUGUCAUUUCGUUCAUCGAGCGAGAUGGAGCUGACUCCUAA